AUGAAAAACAACGACAAAGAAACAUGUCCAAAUAGUCCUCACGAAACAAAGCUAUCUUUUUUCAACGCAAUUAAGACUAAGUUUAAAAAAAGCCCAAAACCUAAAAAAACAAGUUCUCCGGUACCAAAUAAAAAAGAAGUUGGAAAUAACGAACAUAAAAAAUUAUUUAUAAACUUGCCAAAUUUUUCGUUUAAUAAAAAAAAUAAAAAUUUAAAUAAUUCAGCCUCCGCUAAAAAUUACAAAUCAGAUGAUUUACCCAAGAUAUCACUUGAAAAUGAAGUUCAAACUGCAGAUAAAAGCAUCACAAGUUUACCAUUAGAAGAAGAAAAAAAUAAUAAUGACCUAGAAAAUGCUAUACCAAAGCAAGCUACAUCUAGCUCCACGGCUUUUUACGCUAUUGGACAGUAUAAGGAAUCUUACGUUGAAGAUAGCCCUAAAUUCCGCGUUGUGGUUGCCAUUGAUUUUGGAACUGCAUUUAGUGGAUAUGCUUUUAGCUUUUUAAAUGAUGCAACGAAACACAUCCACAUGAUGGGGAAAUGGGAGAAUGGAGACCCAGGAGUGAUAAAUCAAAAAACACCUUCUACGCUUCUUUUGAAACCUGAUGGGACUUUUCAUUCAUUUGGUUUUACUGCCAGAAAUUGCUACCAAGACUUAAGCCCUGAAGAAGCAAUGGAAUGGAUGCUAUUUGACAAUUUCAAAAUGUCACUUUAUAAAUCCAAUAAUUGUAACUUGGAAAAAACGAUUGAAGCUGUCAAUGGAAAACGGUUUUCUGCUUUUAAGGUGAUAACAGAAACUUUAAAGUUUUUUCGAAAUCACGCCGUUCAAGAGAUCAGCUUACAAACAGGAUAUUCAUUAUCGAACGAUGACAUCUUGUGGGUUCUUACUGUUCCAGCCAUUUGGAGCUCUCCAGCCAAACAAUUCAUGAGAUUGGCAGCUUAUGAAGCAGGCUUAGCAAGUUCUACAAAUCCAAACAAAUUAGUUGUUGCUUUGGAACCAGAAGCUGCCGCAAUACAUAUAUGCAGGUUGAGACAACACCAACUGGUUUCUGACAAACCCGUUUUGUUCGAUUACUUGCAAUUCAAGGCCUCCAAAGAGCCUCAGUCCCAAACAAAACUUAUUGACGAGUUUGAAAAACAAUGUAGAUACAUAAUACUGGACUGUGGAGGUGGGACGGUAGAUAUCACUGUGCACGAAAUGAAUUCAGAAACCGGUCUCAUCCAUGAGUUACGAGCUGCAAGUGGUGGUCCGUAUGGAGCCACGAACAUAGAUUUGGAGUUCAGAUUGCUUUUAGAAGAUAUUUUUGGUAGUGACUUUGUUGAGUCUUUUCAUACAAAAUGCCCAAAUGGCUGGCUAAGUUUGAUGAUGUUUUUUGAGUCUAGAAAAAGAGCUGCGGACCCCAUGAAACCAUCAACGUUCAAUAUAGCCCUACCAUUUUCAUUUCUAGAACAUUUUCGAAAAAUGAAGGGUCACACAGUCGAACAAGUUAUUUCAAGAUACGGCAACCCUGAAAUUCAAUGGACUUUUCAAGGGAUGCUUCGAUUAUCUCUCGGUACAAUGACUAAACUGUUUCAACCCUGUACAGACAAGAUUGGAGAUUGUAUAAGAGAUAUAGUUAAAUCUGUUAAAGGCAUAAGAUAUAUUUUCAUGGUUGGAGGACUAUCUGAAUCACCGGUUUUGCAACAUGAAAUAAGACAGCUGAGCAAGUAUGUUUGCGGCUCAUCCGUUAAAGUUAUUAUUCCCCAAGAAGCUAGUUUGGCUGUUGUAAAAGGUGCUGUAAGCUUUGGUCUCAAUCCUGAAAUUCUCACAGCCAGAAAAAUAGCUUCGACCUACGGUGCUGCCGUGCUAAACCUAUUUGAUGCAAAGAAACAUCUGCAGAAUAAGCAACUUGAAAAAGACGGAAAAUUAUGGUGUAAAGAUAUUUUUGAUGUUUUUAUCAAAGCUGAUGAACUGAUCAACUGCGGUCACGUUGUUGAAAGGACCUAUGUUGUAGCAGACGCAGAAAGCAAAAAGAUGUAUGUAAAUAUAUAUUCUUCUCCAAACAAACAGCCUUUGUAUGUUACUGAUGCAGAUGUUUCUAAAUGUGCUAACAUAUGUCUAGACUUGUCAAAAGCGGAAAAUAAUUUAAAACGAUUAAUAAGAGUAAGAAUGGAGUUUGCGGCCACUGAAAUAAAAGUUUCUGCGGUUGACUCAUCAUCGGGACGGCAAGUUGAAGCAAGCAUCGAUUUCAUUAAUGUAUGA